GCACCGUCCAAACAGGACGAUACAAAUUUGUCAGAGGGACGCGAUUUCGCCGAGGUUGUUUCACGAGGAAAAGUAGUUUCUACGUCUCACCACACAAAGCUUCUAACGGGUAAGCAAUAUCGAAUAUGAAUCUCUUUGUUCCGCUUGGCGUCCCACGCGGUCACGCGCCAUUUAACACAACAUUCGUCGGGCUUUUGGCCGACAUGAUUGUUCUAAUUAGCCAUCUUCCAAGUGCUCGGUGAGCGAGGAAACUGCUUCCUUGUUACGCGUUUUUCCUUUUUCCUCCUGAUGUGAAAAUGCAGGAUUUGUUGGUGGAGAAAAGCUACGACUGAAAAACACAAAGUUUUCAUGAUUGCGUGCGUUACAAUUUAGGCUAUUUAGGCUCGUUUCACGAGUUAAGUUCUAGCCCGAGUCAAGUUCAAGUCGCGGAUCAAUUUCGAGCCAACCUUAACUUUUCUAGCUUGUUUUUUCUCUCUGCCAAAAUGAUGCACCAGGGCUACAAGAACGCUCAUUUUUAAACUCAAGACUUGUAUUUUUUCACAGCCGUUUGCUAUUAAAGAAGUAAACAUUCUUCGGCAUCUACGAGACCGACCUCUUUUAAUUACAACACUCAAGGCAGAAGUCCCAUUUCAACAACGAACUGUCUUAACUGAAAAUAGAAACAAGGAAAAGAAAGGAAAAAAAAUAGAAUCUUAGCAUUUCUCGCACUCGGCCGCCAUUUUGUUGCUUUCAUUGGGUUCUCAUUGAAAACUAACUGUUUCUCCCUGACCAAAAUUGUGGAUAGCAGAUAUUAUUUUCCUCUAAAAUAUUUGUUUCACUAGAAUGAUCUUCUUCUCCUUUUUUUGUUUGUCCCGUAAGAUACAGGUUUCUCUAUUCAAGAUUUUCUAACCAUCGCAAAGUUCUCGAGACAUGACGUGCAUCAAGUGUGCAUUUCUUAAAGAAUGUUAUUUCGUUUGCUCUCUCCGCAUUUUUAUUGCUUUUAUUUCCAUUUAACGGUUGGGGAUAUAAGUAAGCCACAUGUCGCCCUAAUUAAACCAAACAAACCUUUAUAACUUCUAAUUAACUCCCAUGUGGAUUAUGUGUUAGUUUCACAAUGAGUUGGCCAGGUUUGUCUGGUAAAUUAUUCCGCAAUUGCGCAGAGUACAAAUUCUAUGACAACAUCCCAUGAUGAUCGUGGCCAUCUUGAGCAAGCUGGUCAUUACACGGCCAUGAUUAGGCUGGGCUGAUUGAGUCGUUGCCGUUGAGUACUUGGUGUUUUGUGUUUCGUUUGGUGAUUCUUCUUUUAUUUCAGGUUUUAGUUUCCUUAUCAUACCAAUGAGAAGGGACUGAUUGUCUGAAUUUUUUCAGUUGUUUACGUUGAUGUUACCUCCAAAUGCUCAAGGAAAUAAAGCCAUUUCUGGUGAGUUCUAGAAUAUUUACAUGUAUAAUAUAUUGCGUAGCCUGGCGUGAUACUAAUUUUAUCUUCGCAUGUUAUGUCUCACGAGUGAGCAAUCACCUCUAGAGGAGAAGGUUCGUAACUGAAGAAAAAACAUUCGUAAAAAUUAAAACCGCCACGAUGUUGAUGGGAAUUAUAAUUAUCACAAAUCUCGUUGUUUUGUUGCUCUGUGUAUGUAAAGUCUCAAUUGCCUCUCGCUUGUGGUGUUGAUUGCAAAUAGGACCCGAAUGUUUACUUGCGAAGAAUUUAGUGUGAUCACCUUUCCCUAGGUAAUGCUAUGUAACCAGCAGUAAAAAUAUAUUUAGUUGUCCAUGUUAUUUAGGAUAGGCUAAGUUAGUAGUUGUGUAUCUUGUGAUUAAAGUUUUUUGUACGUUUUUUAACACCUUGUUCUUUGCUGCAACACAACAUCACUAAUAACCACUGACAAAAUGAAUUGACAGCUGCCUUUGCAUUGUUAUAUUGUAGACCUUGAGAUAACCACUUGCAUAAUGACUUCAGGAAUGGAAGUUCACUAGAACUUUUACUACUCUCACUAACAGAAAAAUGGCAUUUAACCCUGAAUGAAGGAAAAAUUAUCCACAUAAUCUUCACUGACUAAGACAUUGAUUCAACAAAUACUGGUUAAAUACUGUGCAUAGCACAUCUGCUGUGGUCAAUGAAAUUAUUAUACCUUAGAAACAGGACUAUUUCCAUAUAAUAAAGAGAAUUUUAUCUCCCCUUGAGGAUACAGAAUUUCUAUCCUUGUGUUAAAAAAGGUUUCAUGCUUUUGCUAUGCCCCAGUCGUAAAGUAUUUUGCAAGAAUUGAAGAUAAAUUUAGAGUCUUCAAGCAGCCAUUUUUUGUCCUAUUUAUUAUGAAAGGAUUAAUGAAACACCAAACCAUUUCACUUUAAAUUUGGGAUCAAUAAAUAGCUUUUGCGUGCAUUCAGGUCUUAUGAGAUAAUGAUCCACACUUGAGAGGAUUCCUCUGAGAGAAGAUGGCUUAUAUUGUUCACCAUUUUUUGUUCUAGUGGUAUAAUGAACUCACUGAGGCAUACAUCCAGCUUCCCAGGGAGGAUUAUUUUGAAAACUCUCUUUUCUUUGCCAACCUUUCAAAGGAAUAUGAGUACUAUGAUCAUAUAUGGUCUUAUUCUAUAUAUUUUUGUUGACCAAUAACCUUGACAACAUAAUUUUCAGACACCUGAUCGGAGCUGCAUUUAGAAACGUAAUCCAUUAAUUGGAGAAUAUUUGCAUUUCAAUGAGGUGUGUCCAGGGAGUCACUGAGUAGAAAGUCAUGGUCACUGGUUUUGCCUUUUACAAAAACAUAGGCAUGCUACACAAGCAUUGUGAGUGAAGAAGUGGUACUCAAAAUGCAAUGUUACUUUUAAAUGGUAAAAAAAUUCCCUGCCAACUUUUGUAAUCCUGGCAGAUUAUAGUGAGUAGGUCCACAUGAAGGAAAUGAAUUAGUUCAUAGGAUAGAUGACCUCACGAUUUUUUGUUGAUGUUCUAGUGUGAAUCAAUGUUGGGCUGGUUCCAUUGCAACACUUUGCAACACCCUAAUUUCUUGACACGACGUGAGGAACAACACCCUGAAUCUCUGAUUGGUGCAAACAUGCUGCAGUGCUGUGAUCUGAUUGGUGCAAAAUACAAACCCUGAUGUGGCUCUCUGAUUGGUGUGAGAUACAAACUCUAAUGCGGCUAUCCGAUUGGUGUGAGCAACAUACCACUUGAUAUGCUAACAGCGUUUUUUUUUAAUAAAAAAAAAAAAGACUCAAAAGAUUGACCAUCAAAUCCAGGACCUGGGUGGGGCAUCUGAAGACAAUUUUGGCCCCCAUUCCACUGAAAUGGUCUUAAGCAGUUUGUUUUUUGUCCUCAAAAGCUGGUAAUUUGAAAAUAAACAAGUUUAGUCCAUGUUCUAUGUAUUCAGCCACCUACUAACCUUGCUUGUGUAAGCUUUACCAAGAAAUACUGGUGUUGGCCCUCUGUGGUAUUCUUACGGACCUCACUGCACUUGGCCUGCACUGAUAUGACCUUAGGCCAAUAAUCCCCUUGUGUGGCCCUUGCGCUCAGUUAAUAAGAAGUUGUUAUUAUAAUAAGAAUGUCACAUUAUUUGUAUUGUAUCAACUCCUACAGGAGAAGUAGGUACUGAGUAUAGCUAUAGCUGGGUACCACCUGAAGAAAUGCUGGGGGAGAGGGGGUGUAACCUUGCAAUGGACUGGUAUCCCAUCCAGGAGGGAAAAACCUAGUUGCUUUGUGCUAAGGAUUUUUAGCCAAAUACACAGCGGUUGAUCAUUUAGAUAUGAGAUGGUAUGUUUGUCUUUUUGUUUUGUAAACAGAUUGUUAUCAUCAUCCUCUCAGUUGUGUUACUAAUUGCAACAGCGAUUCAGUUGCAAUUAAUUCCUUCACUGCCAACGCUUGUACCAAUACAAGUACAAGGUAAGAAUGCAAGGACUCAAAGAGCCAUACACAAAUUGUUACUUGAAUUUUUAAUAAUAAACCCAAAUGUCUAAAAUAUUUUUUUAUUAUGAUGACGUUGUGAUGACCUGCUUGUUGGAUAAUAUAUGGAUAUUAUAGGGAGAAGUGACAUGUUAAUCACUUCUGGGAGUUGAGGAGUUAAGGUCAGAAGAUGUUGAAAGAUUAGCAUGUAAGACACAAGAUCAGAAGGCUCACACUUGAUUCCUACCAGGGUAACUCUGUUUUGAAAUUUGAUCUUACCUUGACCAUACAUCUUCUCUCACCUUAAAUGGACUGGUGUCCCUUCCAGAGGGUCAGUGGUUGUCAUUAGAGGUUAAAUUGGGGUACUAUGGUAAAUUGACUGCUGCCAAGAAAGGCAGGGAGGAUCAGUUAAAUUUUAUCUUGACUCAAUCAAAAUCCCCCAACCUCCACCCUUCCCCUUCCCCUUCCUCCCUUCCCCCUCCCCUCCCCCCUUCCCCUUCCCCCUUCCCCUUCCCCUUCCCCUUCCCCUUCCCCUUCCCCUUUCCCUUCCCCUUCCCUACCCCUUUUCCCCCUUCCCCCCCUUCCCCCCCUCCCCGUUCCCCGCCCCCCCUCCCUCCCCAGCGCUAAAUGACGACUGGCCAUUUAUGUAAGUUCCUAGUUGAACUAAAUUCUAAGCUCGUAAGAUACAACAUAACACCAAGAUGAAUACAGAUAUAUUUAUUAGAAGUUUUGGUGUGUAGUAUCGCUGAGUAUUUUCACGAGUUGUGUCAUAUUGCCCACAGGGCAAUUCAAAAUUCAAGCAAAGAAAAUAAAUACAAACAAAAUUAUCUAUUAUCCAACUGCUUUAUUUCAUGCGCAUGUCAUGAAAAGUGGGAAAAUAUUUGUAUUUGAUUCGCGUGUUAUUUGCACUCUACGUAGUUCAGUUGGAUAAUACAAUAAUAAGUGAUACUUAACCUAGCAAAACUUCUAACAAGACAAAUUUUAAAAUUUUUUUUCCAGAACAAUCAAGGACAGAAGCUGCCAUCAACUGUUCUUCAGAACAAUACGUUCUUUUUCUCAAAACACACAAAGCAGGUUCAAGCACAAUUUCGAACAUUUUCUUUCGUUAUGGCGAUUCUCGAGAUCUUUCCUUUGUUCUUGGCUCGGACACUCUUAUUGGAUGGCCGACGCGUUUCCGUAUUGGACAAGCUCUCGCUUUCGAUGGAACUCGGCCAAACUUUCUUUGCAGUCACACAAGAUUCAAUAAGAAAACCAUGAACCAUUUGUUUCCAAAAGACGCCAGCAAAUAUAUGACAAUCGUCAGAAACCCGGUCAAACAGUUUGAGUCGAUUUUCAACUACAUGCAAAUCGGAACUGUGUUCGGUUUUGGGACAGAUCCAUCCGAAUCAUUGAAAGCCUUUCUAAAGAAUGGAAUAGGAUUUAAUAUCCUCAGAAAAAGCGGAAGUUCUGUUUUAGCCAGAAAUCCACAAAUGUUUGAUCUGGGUUUGGAUUUCAAGUUUUAUCAGGAUGCCAAAGCCAUUAAAGAGUACAUUGAAUUCCUGGAAAAGGAGUUUGAUUUGGUUUUAAUCGCAGACUAUUUUGACGAAUCUGUGGUUCUUAUGAAGCGAUUACUAUGCUGGGAAUUGGAGGAUGUACUUUUUGUAAAAACAAACGAACGGCUUGACAAGGACAAAGCUGCUGAAAUAUCAAAUGAUACGAAAGAGAACAUAAAACGGUGGAACAAAGCUGACGUGUUGCUGUACGAACACUUUAACCAAACUCUUUGGCAAAGAAUCGAAAGGGAAGGAAAAGACUUUUACGAUGAUCUUACGAACUUUCGUCGAAUGAAACAGGAACUUAAAACUAAAUGUUUUGAAGACAAGCCAACUAAGCAGUUAAUGUAUGGCAACAGGUAUGCUAAAGGUUUGACUCUAAGAUCAGAUUUGCCUUCUGAUCUAAAACAAAAAUGUGAAAGAAUGACACGAACUGAAAAUAAUUAUCUGGCAUAUUUACGGAACAAGCGAGUGGCAAAAUUAGUUGGUAUUCAUCGCGCAGCACCAAAUGAGGAUGAUCAAGAAAAAGUUAGUUGGGACGCGGCGAGCGAUUAUAAAUAUUUUCCUGUAUGAAGUAGCCAAUUACAAGAUACUUUCAACGCAAGUUAUAUAUUUCGCAUAUUUUACAGUGAAAUUAAAUUGUCUAUGGAUAUUUAAAAAAACGCAAGAACACAUAGGGAUUGUUUGUGUGAGUCGGAUGUCUAAAUAUUCACAUUUACUAAUAGUACAUGACCUACAUCAUUCAUCCUAACAGGCACGUGCAAUUAUGCAUAACAAAAUUGCAAAUUGUACAAAAUAUCUUGUUUAAAGGGAGGACUCCUUGAAAAAAUUAUAUUUUCUUUCCGUGAUGCGUAAAACCAGUGGUAUAAAGUACCAUGAAAACCUAAGCAGGCAGGACUACUAGAUAUAAUUUUUUCAAUUUGAAUUAAAAAGAUAUGUAUGGAAAUUUGUAAAUGCUGCCUGGAAGGCAUGCUACGCUUUGUCCGGCACAAGGUGCUUACGAAUGCAUGUACAAAUAUAUAUGGAAGUGAAGUGCAUUGACAGAGUAAAAUUUAGAACGUAGACGUAAUUAGUUGGUAGGAGAAUUGAUUGUUCUGGAGAUAUCUGUCCGUCAUCCCCUGAUGUUUUUGCCGUGUGGCAAAGUUUAUUCCUUUUCCAAUUAAAAUACUACGGG